CAUCUCUCUCUCCGCUCUGCGUUUCAUUUCAUUUCAACUACAGUUGUCGAUUAUACAACUACGGAGAGCGUACCUCAAUCAAACCCACUAUUGGGUUCUUAAGUAAAUCAGCUAAAUUUCUAGAAAUCUAGAAAGAGGAGACUUGGAGUUGGAAGCAGCGGGCAGCGACGUUUACUCCACUAGAGUCUUGUGUUCUUGUACAUGUAUAGCCUGUGUCUUUAAUUUAGCGCUGCUCGGAAUUUGGGCAAGUUCUGUUUGGCAUCUUCUGCUUUCUCUACUUGAUUCUUCAAUGUGGGUUUGAUGGGUUGUACUACAUUUUGAGGGAAGGGGGCAGGGAGAGAAAGAGAGAGAGAGGGAGAGUCUUCUUUUAUUAUUUAUACUCUCUUUACCUUGUUCUCUCUUUACUUUUCUGGGUUCCUGCUCUUUAGCUCCUGGAAGUGCUGCAAUGCCUGAAUAUGUAUGUGUGUUCAACAAGGAUACAAUCAUCAUAAAGCCUCCUAAGAAAUCUCCAAUUUUGUUAAGGAUGAUAGUUUUAGGAUUUGCAAUGGUCUGUGGUGUUUAUAUCUGCUCAGUCUGUUUAAAGCAGAUAAGCACCCAUACUAAAAUUAAAAUUGAAGAUAUUCAAGUCAUUGAGAGGCCCUCCUUUGACAUUGAACCGAGACGAAUGCAAGUUCCAGUUGUGCAUUUCCCUCAUCCUGAAACUUUUAACAGGGCUGAAUGUAUGCAUAAUCCUGUCAGAUACUUUGCAAUAAUAUCGAUGCAAAGAUCAGGGAGUGGAUGGUUCGAGACGUUGUUAAAUAGUCAUGUCAAUGUAAGCUCAAACGGAGAGGUAUUUUCGGUGUUGGAUAGGAGGAGAAAUGCUUCAUCUAUUAUAAAGACUUUAGACAAACUUUACAAUUUGGAUUGGUUCACUAGUGCUUCUAAAAAUGAAUGUUCAGCAGCAGUUGGCUUCAAGUGGAUGCUUAAUCAGGGAUUGAUGGAGCACCAUAAAGUUGUAGUAGACUACUUCAAUACUAGGGGUGUAUCUGCAAUAUUUUUGUUCCGAAGAAACCUGCUGCGUCGGAUGGUUUCAGUUCUUUCUAACUCCUAUGAUCGGCAUGCAAAGUUAUUGAAUGGAACCCACAAGUCUCAUGUUCAUUCCACGGAAGAGGCUGAAACCCUGGCAAAAUACAAGCCUACAAUUAAUUCCACAUUGUUAAUAGCUGAUUUAAAGGAGAUGGAGUUAAUGGCAACCAGGGCUUUAGAAUACUUCAAUAGCACCCGUCACAUCAUUCUGUACUAUGAGGAUCUCGUUAAAAACUGCACAAAACUUAAGGAUGUUCAAGAAUUUCUGGGGCUUCCACUUAUGGAAUUAACUAGCCGUCAGGUCAAAAUACAUAAAGGUCCAUUGAUGGAUCAUAUUGAGAACUGGAAAGAUGUCAACGAGACACUAACUGGAACAGAGUAUGAGAAUUUCCUCUUGAGUUGACUAUUAAAAUCGUGGUAGUCUGCUAACCUGUGGAAUGGUGCGUGUGAAUACUGCUUCAACUAAUUAGUCCUGGAGGAUUCAAGUCUUCAAGCAGAAACCCUAAGGGAAGGAUUGCCUCCAAAUGCUUCAGUCAAGAACUCCAUUUUUGUGUUACCAUAACUAGGUAAUGGCCAAGCUGACAAGUUGGUGUGUUUUCAUUAAAAAAUUUUGACGGCAAAUUUUAGUUCUUUGUUCAACUCUUCAUGAUCUUCUUUUUGAUAAUCUGGACAGUGUACAUGUCAGCGAAUCAAUUUCAAGCAAAUGUGAGAAAAUUAUUUCAGCAGUAA